AACCAGUGGUGUGGAGCACACGUUAAAAGAUAUUUUGGUGUUACUUUUUGAAGUUCUCUGAAUCAAAGCUGUUAAUUGACUGAAUAUUGAAAAGAACCCAGAAGAUGAGCACCACUGCGACGUUGGAUCCCAUAACGACGAUAAAGUAUCAGAUAAAAAACUGGGAGUAUGCUUUCAAAAAAGAACACAACGCUCAACCGAGCAAAGAAGAUGUCAAAAACGAUCCCAACAUAGCAAAGCUUUAUAGAGAGUAUAAAAGAUUGAAAUACUAUAAAAGUACUAAAAUAGUAGCAAACAAUGAGAAAAAAACUAUAUCAUAUGUUCUGAGAGCAAACACUAAAAAUGACCAGAUUGAGCCUCAGAAACAGAUAGUUGGCAGGUUGAAAACACCAGCAAGAAAUGUGAAAUAUACUCCAGUAAACUCGCCCGAAAAGAAUACCAAUGCCACUCCAGCACCAGAAUCCAAUUUAAUUCCAGCAGAAAUUGGUCCAACUCCACAGUUAAAUGGCAGGAUUCUUGGAUUAUUUGAACUAUCGUCUACAUCACCAUCGAAACCUUUGACAAAUUCUAGUUUAGAAUCCGGUCAAUCUUCCAAACGAAAACUAAAUUUUGAUAGUUAUGGAAAUAGUGAUGAUGAAGAAGAAGUUGAUGAUCAAGAUCAAUGUAUAAAUACUGAAAACUUGUUGGGCGAUAAUAUUAAUAACAUUAAUAAGAAAAUCAAAGUAGUUAGUUGCGAUAACACUACCAACGUUAAAAAAGAAAUUAUGGACGUGCAAUUAAAAGAAGUGUUUUUAAAGCCAUUGCUAAAAACUCCAUUAAAGAAAGUAACCCAUUUUGUUGAUUUGCCAAAAAACCUAUCAAUUGUUCCAAAUACAGAUACCUUUGAAUUUUGUUCAACUUCUCAACUCAUAUUCCAAUCUAAUAUUAGCCCUGUUAAGUUUGUUAAUGAGACACCAGACUAUUUGAAACAUGCUAGAGUUAUUGAAAUAACAGAUGACUUAAACAUAGGGUCAACUCCAGACCUACCUUCUUUCUUUUCGAAAAAAUUUAAAAGACCUUCGCAAUUAGUAUCAGAGUUAUUGAAAAUUAAAGAAGAAAUUAUUCAAAACAAAAAUUUUGAAAAAAUUAAAGAUGAGAUUGAUUCCGAAUUUAAUAAAUCUGAACUUGAUAAUAAAAAUACAAGCGAGACCUCGGGAUAUAAUGACACUCAAAAUGGAUCUACCAAUAUACUUGAAUUACAAGAUGCAGCUGAUAGUAAGGGCAUUUAUUAUAAGAUGAGAUAUAAGAAAAAAGGUCAAAAAAGAACAACAAGGAGAAGCAAAAUAUUGCCCAAUAUUAAUCCAAAUCAACCUACCAAUAGUAAGGAUAUAAGUAAAAAAAUUGAUGAGUUUAUCGAGUUAGAAAAUAAUGAAUUUGAUGAAAAUGUUAAUCAAGAACAUGAAUCAGAAGAAGAAUGGUCUUUAUCUGACGAUUCUGAACAUGAAGAAGAAUACAAAUUCACAAAAGAUGCCGAUUCAAAAACCAAAAAAAAAGUUGAAGCUCACUCUCAUCAAAAUUAUGUAAGGUUGAAAAUUAAAAACAACAAAAAAGGAAUUAAUUUUAGAGGUGGCUAUAACCGAUUUCGAAGAUAAAUUAAUAUAAUCAAAUACAAUUGAAUGAUUUCUUGUUUUUACCUUUAAUCUUUUAAGAAACACAGCACUUUACUCUGCAUACAU